AUGAUCAACUUACUUUCAAGCGAAACUCCUCUCAUUUAUAGUGCUAUACCCAACGACAGCCCAGACUCAUUUGAUAGAACAAUUUUUUUGUACUUUCAUUUGUUUUCUAACGAUUUAAUGAUUGCAGUCCACCCUGAAAACUUUGAAGAGUUUUCCAAAUGUAUUCAUCAAGGAAACCUAAUGACUAGUCUCAUUGACACAAAUCUCAUUGCCUCUAUGGUUACCGGAGAUUUCAAAUCUCCAAGUGUUUUUUUUACAAAAUCCUUUUUCUUGGAUGAGGAUUAUAUAAAAAACUUCACCCCACGUUCAAUUGAUAAUAUGAAUAUCAACAAUAGCCCUGCCUCUCUUUCCCAUCUUGCCCAUGUCAAAACUAAUAAUGUCGAGUCCCGUGCAUUUUACCAAAAUAAAUGUAUGCCUCCCUUUUGCCAUUUCUCUUAUGACUCUCAAGAAAUUAGACCCCGUUGCAAAAACUGCAAACCUAUUGUUCUCUACGACUUUGUCCGCAAGGUUAAAAACCAAGACGUAUCGGAUGUGUACUGGAACGUUCAAGACUUGGCUGUGGUCGAUCAUUGUUUGAUGCCAAAACUUGAUAAACUCACCACUUUUAUGUACCAUUACAUUCGCAACAAUGUUUUUGCCCGUAGCUGUGAUGGAGAUCUCGCUCUUCAAAUGCCGGGCAAAACCGUCAUUGAGAUUUACAACAAGUUUUCUUCUCCAUCAAUCUGA